UUUCUCACCUCUAAAUUCGAAAUUGUGAUUUUUAUCGAUCCUUAAGCUUAAAUUUUGUUCAAUUCUCCUUGUUAAUCAAUGAUCAAUUUCCUUCAGUUUUUGUAGAUUGAAGAAAAAAAUUGGGAUUAAUGGGUAAUCAAGGUCAGGAUAUGUCAAUGGCAAUCUACAAAAACUCGAAUUUCACCGGAGGUUGCUUGGAAAUCCGAUUGUUUUACGUACGUAUAACGCCAUGCGCGGUUGAUACCGUACCGGACCACCUUGUACUCCGCCACCUCCGCCGUGAGAUGGGAGUAACGUUAGAGAUCAACAGUUCGCGUAUUCCGGCUACUGAUACAGCCAUCAUAACCCUCCGACGUGAUCGGGUUGAUAAGGAAUCGUCGGAGGUAACUUAUGUGAGCACGGAUAGCGUUAGGGUUUCAGGGCCGGUGGAAUUUGAGGUACAUGAGAAUGAAAAGGAACUAAUACUUUGUGGGUCGUUGGAGAGAGUAGAGACAACGUGGGCUAGUGGUAAUGUUUUAGAGACUGAUUCGAGGAGUGGAUGGAGCAUGGAUUGUUACACAACAGCAUCAUUUGGGAAUGAUGGAUCAGUUUUUUUUCAGCCUAAAUUUGGGGUUUCUUCGCCAUCAAUUGAGGUAUACAUAGCGGGUUGUUGUUCAGGUGUCCCUGUGAUUCUAUCAAAGACAAUUCAGGUCAGCCCGAGAAGGAAGUUGCCUAGACAGGGCAUGUUGGAUGCAAUUCCAGAGGAUGAGGAGGUUGCGAAGGAGCAGGGAAGCUCGAAUGGAUUCGGACGACAAAUAAAACCAUUGCAGACCACAGAGGAUAUGGAUGAUUAUGAGGUGGAGCAGAAAGCUGGAUAUGGAUUCUAUUCAGACGACAUGUACCCUGGUGAAGAUGGUCAGCUCACCUGGUUCAACGCAGGAGUGAGGGUUGGUGUUGGGAUAGGCCUCGGGAUGUGUGUUGGUGUUGGAAUUGGGGUGGGACUACUUAUGCGUUCAUAUCAGGCAACCACUAGGAAUCUGCGGAGGAGGUUUUUCUAGGCUUCUAACUUUCAGUCAUAGUGAAAUGGACUUCUUGACUGGAUUCUAACUAUUGGAAAAAGGACCUUUAUGGUCAUUAAAGUAGUGCCUCAUCUUAGUGGGCAGCAGGCAAAGGGAGACACCUAGUGCUGCAGCUGAAGAGUGGUUACAUAAUUAUUAGGUGGUGUGAGGCUGUAAGGCAAUUCAUAUCCUUGUACAGAAGCUGCAGAAGACAUUCAUCCACGGAUCAUCUGUGUUGACUGUUGAGUGUAUACAAAAGCCCCAGGCCGAAAAAUCCAUGUUAAUGUGUUCAUAUGCUGUAUUUAAACUGAAUAUCUUGUAUACAUGUCCUUUUUUUUCUGGGUUGGUUUAAUGCAUCAGCUUUGUUGUUAGUGUGUGCUGAGGUUUGUUAUUAAGGUUAAGGCUUUAGAGAGUUAACAUUCGUCCUACAAUUUUGGUAGUUGCAAUAGGUGCUUCGGCGUAACAAAUUUAUUUUGUAAAAGUACUUGGCAAAUUGUUUCUAUAAACAGCUUGUUUUGGAGGGUUGUAG